AGAGAGGAAGAGGGAGGGCUGUGUGGCGUGAGGCAGUGCGUGUGCUCAGUGUUUAGGUGAAUCCACAGCCCUCUGGCUCACGAGGAUAAAGGAGUCUCUCCAAGGAAGACAGAGAAAAAGCAACACUUUCCCCCUCUUUUUUUGCAUCCUCUGUCUUCUCACUUCAUAUUCUCACCAGCCACCAGCAGCCGGUGUCUGCAUUCUGUCUCUUUUUGUCCUUCUCUUUUUUUUCUCCCCCCCUCUGCAUCCAUCUGUGUUUCACCCUCGGUCCAGGGAGAAGGAAGGAAGAGCAGAGUCAGAGGCAUCAUCCUCCCCUCCUGCACGCCCAGCCGGUGGUGGGUGCUGAUGCUGUAACCACUGUGUGGAGCUGACAAGCCCUGGUUGAUGCAGUGAAGUGUUCCAGAGGGAUAAACACAAGCGAAGGUCGCCAGCCAUGGGGAACCUCAUUAAGGUCCUUGGCAAGGAUUUAGAGAACUGUCCACAUUUUUUCCUGGACUUUGAAAAUGCCCAGCCCACGGAGGCAGAGACAGCCGUAUGGAACCAGGUCAGCGCUGUGCUGGAGGAGGCUCAUGGGAUCCUCGCCGAGCUGCAGUCCUAUAAUGGCGCGGGCCAAGAGAUACGAGAAGCCAUCCAGAACCCAGGCGACCUCGCUCUGCAGGAGAAGGCCUGGAACGCAGUCUGCCCCCUGGUGGCCAAGCUGAAGCGCUUCUACGAGUUUUCCCUCCGACUGGAGAACGCCCUGCGCAGCCUGCUGGAGGCGCUGACCAGCCCGCCGUACGCUCCCAUGCAGCACCUGGAGAGAGAGCAGGCCCUGGCCAAACAGUUUGCUGAGAUCCUUCAUUUUACACUCAGCUUUGAUGAACUAAAGAUGACAAAUCCAGCCAUUCAGAAUGACUUCAGCUACUACAGGAGGACUAUAAGUAGGAACAGGCUGAACAACCAGCAGCUGGAAGCGGAGAACGAGGUGAACAAUGAGAUGGCUAACCGGAUGUCCCUGUUCUACGCUGAGGCAACACCAAUGCUGAAGACUCUGAGUAACGCCACCACCAAGUUUGUUUCAGAGAAUAAGACUUUGCCCAUAGAGGACACCACAGACUGUCUGAGCACCAUGGCCUGUGUGUGCCGCGUCAUGCUGGAGACUCCGGAGUACCGCUGUCGGUUCACCAAUACAGACACCAUGCUGUUCUGCAUGAGGGUGAUGGUGGGGGUCAUCAUCCUCUAUGACCAUGUUCACCCUGUCGGGGCUUUUGCCAAGACCUCCAAAAUCGAUAUGAAGGGCUGCAUCAAGGUGCUGAAAGAGCAACCGUCCAACAGUGUGGAGGGACUUCUGAACGCACUGAGGUAUACGACACGACAUCUAAAUGAUGACAGCACCUCCAAACAAAUCAGGGCCCUCCUGCAAUGAGAAGGCAGGGGGAGAGAGAGAGAGAGAGAGAGAGAGAGUAAGAAAGAUAGAGAGAGAGGGAGGGAGGAGAGAAGGAGUGCACUUGAAGGAGGAGAAGAAAAGGAGACGAGGAGGAAACAAACGCCAGUGGCUGAUAAACCUGUUUGUUUACAACGAACAAAGUAAAAAUCAUCUCCAGGUUAACACAAACCUGACGAUAAUAAGAAGAAGAGGAAAAUAAUUAUAUAUAUUGUCAGCUGUCCAUCAUUCUGUCUCUCAUUUUGUAAAGUAAGAAAAGAGAAAAAAAGCCAGAAAAGAAAAUAUAGAUAUAUAUUAAAACAAGUGAAACACAAGCUGAAAAAAGAAGUAGGAUUAAAGAGGAAGCUAUAUUGCGAAAUUUAAGGUCAGAACCGAAGCAAAGUGAAAAUGUACAAAAAAAAAGGGUUCAUGUUCCAGCAGUAGUCUGACAAGUAUUUUUGCACACACACUUUGAAAACAACGCCAUCUCCUUUCCCCUGAGAUCUGACCCCAGACUGACCCUUCCCGAGCCCCCCCCCCCCCACACACACACUUAGUAGAGGUCUGAAGCUCCGCCUCCUUCAGCUGCACUGAUCUCCACCUGCAGGUGAGUUAUGAAGUAAUGUGAUGGAUGACCUCCGGAGAUUUGCUUCUACCUGUUCUUUUCUUUUCUGCAUCAGUGCAGCUGAAGGAAACGAGGCGAGGAGAUGAGGAGUUAGGAUGGCUUCAUUUUCUCCCUGAUUUCCCCCUCCCCCUCACCCAAUACUCCCACAAAUCCAUCCAUAAAUCCAUCAUAAAUCCAUGUGGUUUUUCCUUGGCACAAAAAAAAUUCCAUCCAUUAUUGUGUGCCCUUACGCUGUCGUUCACUCUCUCGGUCUCUUUUCCAUGGUGCUAAUGUGGUUUAGAUAUCACAGCUUGUUAGAUAUCAGUUUCUUCAUCACUUUUUUUUUUUUUUUUUGCACUAAUAUGCUGAAUCUGCUUUAAAAUUAGUGCACAAACAGGGACAAAUCAGAUUUUGCAGGACCUGUAAGAUUCAGAAAGGACAUUCAAGCAAACCACAGCACACUUACUUACUUCACCCAGUGCCAAAGCUGAUUGGUUGUUGCUUUUAUUACAUCAUCAAGCCAGGCUCGAGGAGAAGGAGGUGGAGAUGGAGUAGGUGGGGGGGGGGGUUGAGCGGGACUACAUGUUGUAGUAAAAGAUCAUCAUUUUAAUGUGAGGAUAUGAAAGAGCUAAGAAAAUGACGCACACAAAGUUUUAAGGGAGAGUGUUCCAGUGUAAAUAUGUGAGGCUUUUCUCAACAGGCAUCUACAUGGUCAGCUUGGGUCCUCAAGGAAAAACACAUCUAAAUCUGCAUAGAGUUCAUUCUUUUAGUACGAGGUUGUCAGAGAAUUGAAUUAAAAAUGAAAAAAAAAAAAUUCAAAAGGAGAUUUAAAAAGAAAGUGCUGUACUUUGGAUGUCUAUAGCCCUUAGUCUAAUUUAAUUUGAUCUUAUAAUAUAUUUUCUAUACAGGGGUAUGUGAACAAGCAUAUUCUGUAUAAAUAUAUAGAUGGCAUGUUGUAAAAGUUCUGACAGAAAUGUGUAAAUAAGGUGUUUUUAUUC